GUAUGUUGUUGGGCUGGAGAUUUCACGGCGAUGGCGACGAAGGCUCGGCGCUGGAGGGGGACGCAGUGAAGCUCACUUCGGCUUGGAUAUGACUAUUACCUGUUUCUCUGAUAUUGGUUUGCUGUUGAGUUAUUGCAUGGGCUUCGGAUGAGUCACGGGCUGCUGACCACUUCGCCGCUGCUUUCACUGAUGUUUUGCUUGUGAAUUUCUGAACAGGACCACCACAACUACCAGUCGUUCAUUGCUGAUUGUCCGCACCAGAUUGAAGCCAAAGUUCCUUGUUGGGUGACCCACACUCCUUCACAGGGGCCAUGGAGGAGGAGGGGCAGCAGAGCCUGGAAUGUAUCCAGGCCAAUCAGAUCUUUCCCAAGAAGUCCCCCGUCCUGGAGGAAGAAAACUUGCAGGUGCCCUUUCCUGAGCUGCAUGGGGAGUUCACAGAGUAUGUGGGGAGAGCAGAGGACGCCAUCAUUGCCACGUCCAACUACCGCCUACAUAUAAAGUUCAAAGAGUCUGUUGUCAAUAGUUGUUGUUGUGAGGUGUCAGUCCCCCUGCAGCUGAUUGAAUGUGUGGAGUGUCGAGAUAUGUUCCAGCUUCAUGUCACCUGUAAGGACUGUAAAGUUGUCAGGUGUCAGUUUUCCACCUUUGAGCAGUGCCAGGAAUGGCUCAAACGUCUGAACGGUGUAGUGCACCCUCCUUCUCGCUUGGAAGACCUGUUUUCCUUUGCCUUCCACGCCUGGUGCAUGGAGGUGUAUGCUGGAGAGAAGGAGCAGCACUGCGAGCUGUGUAGGCCAGGGGAACACGUGACCUCGUGGUUCAAGAAUGAGGUGGAGAGGAUGGGUUUUGACACUCAGAAUGCUUGGAGGAUAUCUGAUAUCAACAGCAAGUUCAGGCUUUGCCCCAGCUAUCCUCAGCAACUCUUGGUGCCAGCCUGGAUCACUGACAAGGAGCUGGAGAAUGUGGCUGCCUUCCGCUCCUGGAAGAGGUUUCCUGCUGUAGUAUAUAGACACCAGAGCACAGGAGCUGUGAUCGCUCGCUGUGGCCAACCAGAGGUCAGCUGGUGGGGCUGGAGGAAUGCUGACGACGAACACUUGGUUCAGUCCAUUGCCAAGGCCUGUGCCGUGGACAGCAGCUCCCGCAAGCACCUCCCCAAUGGAAGCUACACUAAUGGAGCAGACUUGCCAGAUACUGAUUUUGAAUCCUCAAUGACCAACAGCUCUGAAGUGGAGACACUGGCCAUCCAGCCCCACAAGUUACUGAUCCUGGAUGCCAGGUCCUACGCCGCAGCAGUAGCAAACAGGGCCAAGGGGGGAGGCUGUGAAUGCCCGGAGUACUAUCCUAAUUGUGAGGUGGUGUUCAUGGGAAUGGCCAACAUCCACUCCAUUCGCAAGAGUUUCCAGUCCCUGCGUUUCCUUUGUACUCAGAUGCCUGAUCCAGCCAACUGGCUUUCUGCACUGGAGAGCACCAAGUGGCUGCAACACCUGUCCUUGCUGCUGAAGGCUGCCCUGCUGGUUGUCAAUGCUGUGGACCGAGACCACAGACCCGUCUUGGUGCAUUGCUCUGAUGGCUGGGACCGCACACCUCAAAUUGUAGCUCUGUCCAAGCUGCUUUUGGACCCUUACUACCGCACCAUUGAGGGCUUCCAGGUUUUGGUGGAGACAGAAUGGCUGGACUUUGGCCACAAGUUUGCAGACCGCUGUGGUCAUGGGGAAAACUCUGAGGACCUGAAUGAGCGCUGCCCGGUCUUCCUGCAGUGGCUGGACUGUGUUCAUCAGCUGCAGAGACAAUUCCCAUGCUCCUUUGAGUUCAACGAGGCCUUCCUGGUGAAGCUGGUGCAGCACACCUACUCGUGUCUGUUCGGCACCUUCCUGUGCAACAGCGGCAAGGACAGGGAGGAUCGCCACGUUCAGGAGAGAACCUGCUCAGUCUGGUCACUGCUCAGACCAGCCAAUCGUACGCUGAGGAACAUGCUGUACUCCUCCCACUCCGAAUCCGUUCUCCACCCAGUCUGUCACGUACGGAACUUGAUGUUGUGGACAGCAGUUUACUUGCCCUGCUCUUCCCCCACCACCCCCUCCGAUGACUCCCGCGCCCCCUAUCCAGUGCCAGGUGCCAACCCGGAGGAUGCACCCCUGGGCAGGCGUACAAAAGCUCGUUCUUUUGACAACUUGCCCAGUGCAUGUGAGCUGGGAAGCUUGCUGGCUCCCAACCGCCGCUCCAGUGACCCGAGCCUCAAUGAGAAGUGGCAGGACCACCGGCGCUCUCUGGAGCUCAGCAUAGCAGUGGGGCCAGAGGGAGGGGGCAAUCAGGAUCUGGAGGUGCAGCCUAACGGAGAGGGACCUUCCCCAGAUGGUCUGGACUCUAAGCUGGACAGCCUGCAGUCCCAGGAAUCCCAGGCUGUACUCGGACAAAACGCCUCUGUGGAACCAGCAGGAGAGGACACGGAGGAGGCAGAGCUCUCCAUGGCUGUCGCUGAGGGGCAAAUGGAGAAUAUUCUGCAGGAAGCUACAAAGGAGGAAGUGGUAGCAGAUCCACAGGGAGGGAGAAGUGCCGCUCUGACUGAUGGUAGUGUUGCUGCUGAUGUGGAAGUAAAGACUGAUGUUGAAGUUGAGGAGGAGCAUCAGGUCACCAUUACCAAUGGAUCUGAGAGACAGAGGGAAAUAUUUGCUAAUGGUUUCUUUCCAGAAAAUGGUGUAAUGGAGUCAGAGGAGGAUGGUGACUCUUUCCCUGAAUCUGCACAGAAAGAAGAGGAACUCCAUCAGCAGACAGCCAAGGUGACUCAGACUCCAGAGGACCUGCUGAAGCAGAAUGAGGAGGUUCAAGAGGAGCCAAAACUUAGCCCCAAUGAGUCGAGCUCAGCUGAGCCUGAGCAACCUGCAGGCCAAACAAUGAUAGUUAAUGGCUUCGUGGGCAAAUUUCCCGAGGAGCUGGAGCUGGGCAUAGAUGACUCCUGCUCUGUCUCUGAAUUUGGAACUGCUGUCACUGAGCCAGGGGGGCAGGUGGAUAAGAGGGCCUCCCUGAUGGAGAGCUCCACAGAGACUCUAACAGAAGAAGCCUGCAGCAGAUCAGAGCUUCCAGCACAACAAACUGUUUGUUUGAGCCGUCAGCCCUACAGUGAGGGCAGGAGCCAAAUGUCCUGCUCCAUGAAAGACAGGGGGGUGGAGACAGGUGAACACAGCUCCAGCAGAACUUUAAACGGGGGCAGUAAGCAUCCCUCUGUCAGUGCCUUUCAGUCUGCUAGUGCUGAGCUCAGCAGGGACGGGCUGUGCAAUGGGGACAGCUUGGAUGGAGACCCCUGCGUAGGACAUCACUGGUUCAAAGGAAACGGGGAGCGGGCCCCUCUGAGUCGACAGGUGUCCCUAGCAAGCUGCAGCUCUUUGAUUCUCCACCUCCGAGGCAGCUGCUCUCAGCACCGCUGCUGUCACGCCGUGCUGAGCAGGACCAUCGUCAGCCCGGAGCAGCCGUCUCGAAGUCACCUGGACGACGACGGGCUGACUCUGCACACAGACGCCAUCCAGCAAAGACUGAGACAGAUCGAGGCAGGGCACCAGUUGGAGGUGGAGAAUCUGAAGAAGCAGGUACAGGAGCUGUGGAGCCGCCUGGAGAAUCAGCAACACGCCAACUCCCAUAGGAUUAAUGGAGACUUGGGAGACGAGGUGACCUCAAUAACAGAUUCUGAGUACAAUCUCGACGCAAACUGUUUGUCGCGCUGCAGCACAGAACUUUUCUCAGAGGCCAGCUGGGAGCAGGUGGACAAACAGGACACUGAGGUCACUCGCUGGUACCCUGACCAUUUGGCUGCACAGUGUUAUGGCUGUGAAAGCAGGUUUUGGCUUGCUACCAGGAAGCAUCACUGCAGUGACAGGGAGCCUGUCCAGGAGGUCUGGAACUGCGGUAACGUGUUCUGCGCCAGCUGUUGCGACCAAAAGAUCCCAGUGCCAAGCCAGCAGCUGUUCGAGCCCAGCCGCGUGUGCAAGAACUGCUACAGCAGCCUCCAGGUCGGCGCUGCGCCUCUCGACCUGGAGCUGGAGAAACCCAUCGCAGCCAGCUCCAACUGAGGACCACCGGAGCAGAGUGCAGGGGUGCUGGGCGGAGCCACCAGCCGCUGACACAGGUGCACGGGAGCUACGCAGGAUGUCCCAUAUGCUUUGUUUGGAUUAUGUGGGUGUGCGUGCUGCUGAAAUGCAAUUUAAGGUAAACAUACAGAGGACGAUGUGCUCACAGAGCACUCUGAAGGUUGGUGUGAGUGUGUGUGACUGUAUGUAAGGGUUAGCAGCAGCGGUGGAACUGCACUCCAAGGCCAGAGGAGCCAGAAUGGAAUUCCUGGGGUUUAGGGCCAGGCACACAAAGGAGGAGGCCUCACAGUUUCUGCUGACUCGUCUGGAAGACUUUGAGCUCUUUAAAACCUCCCACCCCACCCCCCAACACACACACACACACGCACGCACACACACACACACA